ACCAGCUGUUUAGCGCGGUAUAAUGCAAGCAUGAGCACGUCGUGUUGUUUGUUUGCGUUGUUGCAGUCUUAGCUGGAUCUCAUCUCUUCCUCUCUUGCCGUAGAUGCAGCGCACACACACACAUAAAAGUUAGCGUUUCCAGGGAGCUUGGGCCUUUUGUAUGGAUGAAAAUAUUAUGCUUCCUUGUUCAUCCAAAAGAGAGCUAAGAUGCUGACCGAGUUAGAGACAGAGCAGUUGACUGGAUUGCUCAGCUUGAUGGGGGACGAUGAUCUCAAGUCACUGACAAAAACCGUGACAAACACGCUUAUAAUACCCAACGAUGCAAAAGAUGCGGUGAGCACUAUUUUGAAGUAUUCGCCUUCAGUGGCGUCGGUCCUGGGCAGGAAAAAGAUCACCAAGGAGUUAGUUUUCCGCUACCUGCACAAAAUGAGGGUGAAGGGUGCGGAGCCAUCAAUGAAUAAAAGCAGGAUGAUCGAGCUCAUCAACAAACACUUUGAGAGCGACAAAAAGAGCAGAUUGGGCAAGGUUGCUAAAAGCCAGACUGAAGUCAAAAGGAACAAGCCAUUAGAAGUAACUCAAGUGAAACUAAAACGGAAGACAGCUGAGGACAGACAGGAAAUUAAUUUGGUACCAGCCAUUACCAAAAUUCCAAAGGUGAAGGAAGAAACCAGGCCAACUCCUGAUGAACCACAGACUUCAACGAGUAGUGCCAAUGAAGAAAAUAGAGUGGUACUAACUGACCAGCCUGUAUCUAAAAUUAAGGAAAGUGAAGACAUUGGUGAAUAUACUGAUGCUGAAGAAAUGAUAACUGAACAGUCACAAGUUCAAAUUGCUCAAAAAAUCCCAUCUGAUGGCACCCUCCAACUGUUUUCUGAGACUUUCAUCAAGUGGUUCUACGACCUCUUUAAUAAGGGUGUAGCGGACAGUGGACAGAAGUUUGGUCCUGAGCAUUUUUGGCCUGAUAGCCAACUGAUCAUCAAAGUCGAGGGUCCCAAUCUGAAUGUUGUGGAGGAAAGAAGCAGUGGAAAUGAGUCUUCAGCCCUUUUGGCUCAAAUGAGAUCACACUUUGAUGUCUUACUCAACCCAAACAUCUCUGCAGAUGGCGUUGUCGCUCAAACAGAGACGCAUGGCCUGAUCAAGAUUGUUGUUUGCGGCACUGCUCACAGAAAGGAUCUGUGUGUUGGGUUCUUUGAACAAAGCUUCCUCCUCAUAAGAGAUCCCACCAUGCAGAACAACUGGAGGAUCAAGAAGACUGAAAUGCAAAUGAAAACCACUAUUGAUGGUAAGUCUGGACAAGCUGAUUUAAAUGCUGCGUCGUUUUUGCCCAUGAUACUGCAGUAGGAAAUUACUGCUCAUCCUACAAACAAAGGCUGAUUAGCAGUAAGUUGUUGCAAAUUCAAAUCUACCAGAAUUUGUUAAGUUCAAAGAUAUCUAGUGCCUUUUCAAGAAAUAAAAUCGAAAUGGCUUUGAAUGUCAUUUGAUAAUUUUAUAAAAUUCACAGUCAUAUGUGUGUAGUUGAAACUGAGUUGGUUAAUGAUGGUUAAUAUACUGACAGUUAAAAUUUAAAAAAAUUGUAGUAAGUUUUGCAGAGCAAAACUGACAGCAAUCUUUCUCAAAAAAAAAAUAACAAAUAAUCUCCAGAACCCUGAUUACAUGUGAACCUUGGUCAACCCUUUAAAAUUGAAUGUGUGAACUCAACACAGUGCUCACAGCUGUCAUUUGCUGGAAUGUAGUGAACAAAUUAAUAUUAUAUUUUAAACGUCUUCUUCUGACCCUUAAUUCUUGGUGGGAUCCAAUAAAUUUUUAUUUUUGUUCGAGAAGAGUAAGCCUUCUUCACAAAUCAUACCAUUUUUAGAUGAUUCCAAAUUUUUGCUUUUCUUUCACUCAAUUUUAAGGGGUUACCAAUAACCGUAUGAAUCAUAGUUACUUUAAAAUAAAAUGAAUUUGUAUCAAACUGCUACUAUACUCGCUAUACUCAAAGUAUUAGGUGUGAAUGAUAGCAGAGUAUUUUGUUAUAAUUUUAUUGCAUGUCGUUUAUAUUUUGUAGAACAACCUCCUUUUGAUUUCACUCAUCAUGAGCUCGCGUUCUCUUCUCGCUCCUUUCAUGAUAGCCCUGUUUUCGGCAGCCCUUCUUGCCAAGUAUGGAAUAACUUGAUUCAAACUGCCAAAAGCCACUGAUUUAUAAACCAGGUAGUUUGCUUGAGCUGUAAAUUUAUUUUGUUACCAAACUUCUUUCAAUAAAUGGUUGGGAAUAAAUAGCACCCAAAUAUAAAAUA